GCGGGCGGGCGUCCGCCAUGGCCGACCCGCGGACGACAACGAACGCACUAUCCGAUCGCUACUGGGCAGUGCCUCGAGCCCGUCUCUUCCAAGUCUGAAAGUAAAUGCAAAUGUAAAUGCAAGCCUGAUUAUUGGUCAGAGGGUAGUGCUCAAACAUGAGCCGGAAUCUCCUUUCAACGUAUCUAAUCGUACAAUGUCCUGCGGAAAUAUCAUCCGCAACAUAGUCGUAGACUCCCUCCAGAAUAUCCUUUAUUAUAUCCUCGAGGAGAAAUGCGUUCAGCUCGGGACUAACCGCGAUACGCAUUGGCGGCAGUCCUACAGGCGAGUAGAUUUGCGAAAUGUGAGCGCAGGAGGCGGCGUAAGCAACGGCCUGCCGGGGGGGGAGGUAGUUAGCUACUGGUGGGCAGGUGACGAACCGAGCGGCCCGGCCCCUUCAACGGCCGAGGUCGUACUCAAUCCAGAAACGACGGACUCGAAUACAAUGACGACGUGCACAGGAAUGGACCUGUCCUCCUCGGGAUCCCAUCUUGUCCUGGGCACGGAGGCCAAACGUGUGCUGAAGUCGAACGUGGCUGUGUUGUCAACGAGCGACGGCAGCCGUUCAACGAUACCCACUGACGCGUCCUUGCUGUCGAGCUUGGCAUUCACUCCGAACAGGAGUCGCGUGUAUACGGUAGACGAGUCGCCAAUGGACUUCAAGCUGCUCUCUGCUGCAGCGGUGGAGGGAGCCGGCGGCAUUCCUCUGAGUGGGGCAAGCGUCUUCGAAGUUGUCGGCAGCGUAGUGAGGAAUGGCAAUCCGAAAGUCGGCGCCAUGGCGUUCGGGCCUGAGAGCUUCGAUCCGGAAGGAAAUUGCCUUUACUUCGUGGAUGCUGACGUAGAUAAGGUGUGGGGAAUCGAUCUCUUGUCGGCAUCGAAGACGCCAACCGUUAUUGCGGGAUCCGGCACGGGAACACCGCAAGAUGGCGAUGCUCUGAUGGCCUCGUUCUCUGGUCCGACGGCUGUGGCAGUAACUGCGGACGGAUGCAAUCUGUUUGUCUCACAGACCAAUGGAUUGGUCCGUUGGGUGAAGCUAGGCUCGCCCUGUGGAGUGGCACGGAGUGUGCAAACGGUUGCGGCCUACAGCACAGCCGGGCUGCAGGGAUUGGCGCUGCGCGCGAAUGGCACUGGGCUAAACGUGUACGUGGGGUCGUCCGAUGGACACGUGUUCGAGCUGGAGAUAAACCCGAAGCUUUUGCAUGUCUGUGACCUUAGGCCGAUUCCCCCGAUCAUCCCGAGCCCGUACUCGUCAUCGCCGCCGCCGCCUCCUAACACAACCGUUGAUACCGACAUAGCAUCACUAAGUUCAGUCGACACUUCGCAUCCUCCUGCCGCUGCCUCCAUUUCUCUCCCUGCUUCCGAGUCCCUCCCACCCGUAACACCUCCUCCUUCUCAAUCCGUCCCGCUACCCCUCCCAGUCAAGGCCUCUACGCCGGAUCCGGUUGUCCUCCUUGUGGCCCCAAUUCUGUCCGCGUUGAUAGCGGCUCUCAUCGCCUGUGCUGUCGUCUGUUACGUUCGGUCGCGAUGCGCCGCCACAAGACCGCCGCGUCAGCCGUCUGUGGAGUGCAAAAGCAUCGAGGUGCCCAUCAACGGCGGCAGGUUAGGUCCCGAGCCUGCGACGACAAGUGGGUCAGGUAGUGAGCGUCAGUCAAUCAGUACGCCAGCGGAGCUCUCUUGGCAUGAAAUCCAGCUGGCCAGUCUAACAGCUUUCACGCAUGCUCAACUGCACCAGUGUACCGCUGGUUUCCAUCCCGACAACUGCAUCGGUGAAGCCGGAGCAUUCGGGAAUGUUUACCGUGGACGCAUAGGCGACGGGCAGGUGGCUGUCAAGGUUAUGCGCGGCGAUGCGACGCCGAUGAAGCGGAAGCAGUUUGCUGCGGAAGUGAACUGUCUUUCCAGGGUUCACCACACCAACCUCAUCCGGCUGUUAGGCUACUGUCAUGAGGGAGGAAGCCCGAUGUUGGUUUACCCUUAUUUCGAAGGCGGCAGCUUGUACUCUCGCUUGCACGACCCGGUGGGUAAGGCAGAGAAACCUCCGCUUACGCUGCUGCAGCGCAUUUCCAUAGCUUUAGACAUCGCAGAAGGCCUCCGUUAUCUUCAUCAUGAAGCCUGUCAACCAAUCAUCCAUCGCGAUGUCAAGAGCCGGAACGUACUCCUCUCAGCCGGAGUCGGACGGAACGUCAGCGCAGUUCUCGCCGAUUUCGGCCUGGCCACGAUCGUCCAGAAGGUGUUUGCGAAGCCGGAAGAUGCGGUCGUGACUACUCUGCACCUCGCCGGCACCGCCGGGUACAUAGCGCCCGAGUACUACUCCGUCCUGAGGUUGACCGUGAGGACCGACGUUUACGCUUUCGGUGUCAUCGUCCUUGAGCUGCUGACGGGUAAAAAGGCGGUCGUACACGAGGGGAAUGCGUCACAACAUCUUGUCCAGUGGACAGGGAGCAUGAUGGAAGAUCGCACUAUUCCGCUAUCGAUGAUCGUUGACGAGUGUCUGGAAGCCGCGGUUACCAACAGCGUCCAGAUAAGUGAGACGGUGCGCCAGGCAAUUGAUUUGGCGAUGCGCUGCUCAGCGCAGGACGAUGAGAGAAGGCCAACGAUGACCAAAGCCCUAGAGAACGUUCGGGACAUCCACACUCAAGUACAGUGGCUCGCUCCAGAUCAAUGAUCGAGGUUGCUCAAGGUCGUACAUUUUGUACGCGUUUACUUGCUUUUGGGGAAUUCCUGACGGUCAGUUACAACGACGAAUGCGGUGUGAUCGUUUGCCCAGAAAGAACUCCUAUCAUCAAGAGCCUCGGCGCGCAGCGUAUCGUGGGUGAGGCAGGUAAGCUCCAGAUCAAUCUCAAUUCUAAUCAGCCGUCCAAUUAAUCAUCUGUGCGGCAUUCGAGAUUACCAUGGCACUAUCUGGUCUACCACCCCGCGAGAUUGAUGAGUUCUGUGUUGUAAGAUAAUAUGGUUCCCUGUGACAGGAGUUCUCACUGGCGGGAGCUCGGGUUAGUCGAGCCCAUAAAGUAAAUAGGUUGCCAUUAA